AGGUUGAGAAUGGUGAUAUGAAUUGGAUCAUCCCAGACAAGUUCUUGGCGUUUGCAGGGCCAAGUCCAACCUCCACCGAUGCUGACGGGUUUCCUGCUUUCACACCAGAGGACUACGUGCCGAUCUUCAGAGACGCAGGAAUUGGACUUGUAGUGCGAUUAAACAAGAAGCAGUACGAUCGGCGUCGUUUCGCUGAUCAUGGCUUGAAGCACGUUGACCUUUACUUUUUGGACGGCAGCUGUCCAGACAAGGAGAUCAUUUCGAAGUUCCUUCACAUCGUGGAGAACGAACCCAGUGCAGUGGCUGUUCACUGCAAGGCAGGCUUGGGACGGACAGGAUCGUUGAUUGGCCUCUAUGCUAUGAAGCACUUCCAAUUUCCUGCUCGUGCUUGGAUUGGGUGGAACAGAAUAUGCCGUCCAGGCAGCAUCCUGGGCCCUCAGCAACAAUUCCUUUGCGACAUGCAGCAAGACAUGUGGCAGGCUGGGGAGGCAAGAAGGGGUCCAUCUGCAAGCCUCACGACAGAUCUCGAGAAAAGAAUGGCGGAUUUAAGCGUUCGGGGUUUGACGCAGGCAGAACGGCAGGAGGAUGUUGGUCAAGGAGAUAGAUUGGUUGGAGCAAAGCGCCAGGGCGGAAGCCCCACAGGUGGCUCCCCCACAGCGGCAAUCAGUGUCAAUGGCGCUCCUAUGAUAGCAUUGCCAAGAAUGUCAGCGAAUGGGGGACACGAUCCUCCAACACCUCUCAGUCCUUCGGCGAAGCCGGGUGCAAGGGCUGAGGACCGGCCCGUGAUGGGCAUGCUCCGGCGCAGCCUGAAUGGCAUCUUUGGUCACUGAGGUUCAGCACGCCCAAGUGGAAUUUGCAGGUUUGGAGCCAAGUCCUCCAAUCAGAGAUCGUUGAAGCUUCAAGCGCUCAUGAAUUUCAAAGUUCCAAAGCCAAGCUGAGGGGAUCUCUGAGCCGAAAUUCUGCAAUUGCAAAAGCUCCAGGCAGUUGAGACACUUUUGGCGCACAGCA